AAGCCCAUUUUGAAAUGGAAGUUGUGCCUACUGCUCGCUUGUCAUUUGUAUGAAGAAACCGAUUGAAUUCGGAACUCAUCCACUUCAAAGUUCAAAUUUUUAUUUUCUCCAGAAUGAGAGCAGAAAACCCAUCUGAGAAUCGACCCAGAUCGUUGAAAUUUGUCGAUCAAAAUCAAGCACCAAGGGAUCAAAAUGCGAAAGCCGGUGGGAACCAAUCAAAGCCAAAGUCCUCUUGGGGUUCUCACAUUGUUAAAGGCUUCACGGCUGACAAGAAAACCAAGGCGCAAUCCACCACAGUGCAGUGCAAGAAACUCCCCUUCUCCGAAACGGCAAACCAGAAAAACCCAGUAGUACAGUCUCAGUCAAGGGUGAAAAGGUCGCUUAUCGGGGAUUUGUCUUGCACGGUGAACUCAAGCCAGGUACAUAUUCAUGCGUAUCAAACUCAUCACCGGAGGCAGUCCUCAGGGUCUCGAGAUUUGUUCAUUGAAUUAGACCAUCUUAGGGACCUCCUUCAGGAGUCCAAAGAAAGGGAGUUCAAGCUGCAGGCCGAGCUAACAGAAUGGAAAAACAAGGCCAGGGUUUCGGACCUCGAGAGGGAGCUUGACGCCUGGAAAAAUCAGGUGGAUGAUCUUUUGCAAAGAGUGGGGUUGCUGGAGUCUGAGAAGUUGAGUUUAACUGAGCAGUUGGCAGAAUUGAGUUCGAUUCCGGGAAGGAAUGAGGAGUUCUCGAAAAAAGAGGAGAAUGAGGGUUCAAAGGCACCAGAAUCAUUGCGUAAUCUUGAACUGGAAGUCGUGGAAUUGAGGAGGUUGAACAAGGAAUUGCAGCUGCAAAAGAGGAACCUUGCUUGCAAGCUUUCUUCCAUGGAGUCUCAGUUUGCUUCUCUUGCCAAGGCUAAUGAGAGUGACAUCAUUGCCAAAAUUAAAGCCGAGGCAUCCAUGCUAAGACACACAAAUGAAGACCUAUGUAAACAAGUUGAAGUUCUACAAAUGAGCCGCUUGAAUGAGGUUGAGGAACUUGCAUAUCUGAGGUGGGUCAAUUCAUGCUUGCGAGAUGAGCUGCAGAAUUCAUGCUUAUCAAUGAACUCUGAUAAGGCAUCUAGCCCAAGUCCAAGGAAAAACAAGGGCGAAUCUGUUGGCUCACCAAAUUGUCGAAGCAAUAGGUGCUUGGAUCACAGUAGUGACAAGAGAUUCAGUUUGAUUAAAAAGAUAAAGAAAUGGCCUAUUCCUAUUCAGGAAUUUUCAAAUACUGAAUGCACAGACAAUCAUGUACAUAGGAAUUGGGUCCAUUUGGAGGAAGGGAGAAGUCCUGGAAGAAGACAUUCUAUAAGUGGAUCAAAUUGCUUUGCAGAAGAGUUGAUACCAAAUAAGAGAAGGCAGUCUGAUGGCUUUAUUCAUGCAAAAGAAAUGGAAAAGGAAGCAGAGCCACUAGGUUCUCAAAAGUUUGAUAUGGUCCCAAGAGCACUGUUAUUUGGAAAUUCCCUAGAAACUAAUAAGCCUACAUCUUUUUUAGAUGUAGAGAAAAGGGCUUUGCGAGUUCCAAAUCCUCCCCCAAGACCUUCAUGUUCCAUUUCUAGCGGACCUAAAGAGGAAAGUUCAGCUCCAAUGCCUGCACCACCACCACCUCCUCCACCUCCACCCCUUCCAAAGCUCUCAGCAAAAAAUGGUGCACAAGUACAGCGAGCCCCCCAAGUAGUUGAGUUCUACCAUUCACUUAUGAAGAGGGACUCACGGAAAGAUUCUACCGGUGGAGGAAUUUGUGAUGCUCCAGAUGUUGCAAAUGUUCGUAGCAGCAUGAUUGGUGAAAUUGAGAACAGAUCAUCGCAUUUGCUUGCGAUAAAGGCAGAUGUUGAAACUCAAGGAGAAUUUGUUAAUUCGCUGAUAAGAGAAGUCAACAAUGCAGUUUAUCAGAACAUCGAAGAUGUAGUGGCAUUUGUAAAAUGGCUUGAUGAUGAACUUUGCUACCUAGUUGAUGAAAGGGCAGUCCUAAAGCACUUUGAUUGGCCAGAAAAGAAGGCUGACACAUUGCGGGAAGCAGCAUUUGGGUAUCAAGAUCUCAAGAAGUUGGAGUCUGAGGUAUCUUACUACAAGGAUGAUCCCCGAAUACCUUGUGAUGUUGCAUUAAAGAAAAUGGUUGCUUUUUCUGAGAAGAUGGAGCGCACUGUUUAUAACCUUCUUCGUACAAGGGAAUCACUGAUGCGUAACUGCAAGGAAUUCCAAAUUCCUACAGACUGGAUGCUUGACAAUGGGAUUGUAAGCAAGAUUAAGCUUGGCUCAGUAAAAUUGGCAAAGAAAUACAUGAAAAGAGUAGCAACAGAGCUACAGUUGAAAGCAGCACUGGAGAUGGAUCCUUCAAUGGACUAUAUGCUACUCCAGGGAGUUAGGUUUGCCUUCAGAAUCCAUCAGUUUGCUGGUGGGUUUGAUGCUGAAACAAUGCAUGCAUUUGAGGAACUCCGCAACCUCGCCAAUCUUCUGAACAAGAAGUGAAGAUCUUGAUUCUUUUUCCAUUUUUUUUGCGGGGGGUGGUUGGGGUAGCAACAUGCAAGGGAAACACCUUUUGCUUACCAUCUCAGUAAGCUGCAACGGCACAUAUGCUUACUGGGGAAAUCCAGUAGGGCAGAGUGUGUUUUAUGUUAAUCUGCCAUGGUGAUAACAGUAAACUGGUUGGGUGUUGAACAAGAAAAAGGAAAAUUUUAUCUCAGUUGAUAAUUAAAAUAUUCUAUGAGAAUUUGGCAAUUUGCUAUGGUUUUCUGCAUCUCAUUUGUGUUGAUAUUUCCACUACUCAAAAUUGUUUACAUGGAACAUUCUCAAGGUUCAUAGACAUGUUUGUUCCUGUCCUUCUAUAUCUUCCUACUUUGGAGCACAUGGAAGAUGGAACUUCAUAUAUAAUGAAAGGUGACUGUACCC